AUGCCGAGCAACAAGGACAUCUACACGUUUCAGUAUGGCGAGCUGAAGAAGGGCCAGAUAUACGCGCUGGCUAUGGCAAGAGUGACAGACAACUUCGUGCACUCCAGCUUCCACGACUCCCCCAACUACGAGAGACUGCUCCUCUCCAUCUUCGAGCACAUCUCCAAGGAUCCAUCGAUGGACGACAAGAUGCUACAAGCCCUUGAGAACGCGUUGAUGGCGAGGCAAAACGCCGUCCUCAAGGAGGCACGUGAGAGUGACAAGGAUCGCAAGAAGUUUAUCUUCGAGAAGCGCCCCACCGGGGACGAUCCCAACGAGGACAGCGAUAGUGACCCUGAGGAGGUGACCGAGGAGGAGCUGGGAGCCCGAAAGGCGGCGCAGGAGGCGGAGGAGAAGCGCAAGGAGCAGGAGUGGAUCAAGGCACAGGAGCGCUACGCUGCGCUCCAGCAGCAGAAGCUGGAUAACGAGGAACGCCUGCGUGCUCAGGCCCGACAGGUCGACAUCGAUGCCUUCGAGCGCCAGCUCAAGAGCCGUGGUGCCGUGCUUGUCGACUCUGGCCUGCCUGUAAAGAAGAGGGCUGGUAAGGGCGGUGCCAAGGCGGGUCAGCUGUCAGCCGAAGAGGUAGCAAAGAUGAAGGAGGAGGUGGUGCUGGUCAUGAAGGAAAAGGAACGCCUUGAUACGGUGCUGCACACCAGCGAUGAGGAGCUGCCGGCUGCUCUCGAGGAGGCGAAGAAGUCGUUGGCUGAGUACCAGAAGAAGGCGGCUGCUGCGAUUGGUGAGUCGGCAGCGCCAACGAAGGAGAUGAGCAAGGGUGAGGUGACGCAGCUGCAGCAGAAACUAACAAAGCAGACCAUGGACAAGAACCGCCGGGCACUGCAGCUCAAGGCAAUGGAGCCCAACCCACUGCGCGACGAGCUCGUCUCGGUGCUCGAGCAGCGUGAUGUACUCGCUGUGAAGGUAGAGAGUGCAGAACACGCAUGA